AUGGAAGCGCGCUCUGCUCCAUCUCGCCAGUGGAUAUACUCGAGCCAGUUGAACCGGGACACACCGGCGACCAGUCCGAAGAAGAGCUCGAUGGAGUUGGAUACAAGCGGCGACUUUCUGUCGCUGAUUCCCACGUCGCACAACAAGUCCGCCCCGGUGACCCGCUCCUCCGCAGCUCUGGAUGGAGGCUUCACCGGCCACGACGACACCACUGGACACAGUGAUAUGAGGCAGGAUGAGGGAAGUGGUGUGAUUCUCUCUCCAAGGACCAGAGGACAGAGAAUGAAGCAAGAGGUCUCCUAUGCUGCCAUGGAGCCAAAGACCAGCUCUCCUGUGACUGAAGAAAAGGAUAGCACCAGUAGAUUUUCCAGGUUUCAGAGAGAAGGAAACGCAUCCAGCGGUAAGCAGCAAGCAGAUGUUCCAGAUGAGGUAGAAGGGUCGUCCACUCCCAAGAGAUGCCGCUUUAACCUACAGAGCAGUGAAGUGGAGGAGGAAGAGGAGAAGGAUUGCUCAGUGAGACGUAGCUCCCGAAUUACCAGAUACAAACUGGAUUCCCGCAACCAGUCAGUCCUCUACGAUCGCCUCAUCACCAACGCUGCUGAAGCUGUCCUCCAGAAGAUGGACGACAUGAAGAAGAUGAGACGGAGACUGAAGAGCAGAGAUAGAGACUCUAAAGAUAAGCUUGGCGUUUACACUCGGGGCCAGAUGCGAAGGUCUCUAAGUACGAAAUUGGAGAUUAAAAUCCCUGAGGAGGAGAACCAAGGAGUGGACGAGGAGGAUCAUGAUAAAGAGGAGGAGCAAGAUAGAGAAGUUGAUGAUGAUGAGGAGGAGGAAGAAGAUGGCGAGGAUGAGGAAGAUGACCAUAGGCGCUACGACUUCCGACAGCGAAAGACUGCGGUUCGCUACCAGGCACCACAGGAUGAACCCAGAGAGCCCAGGAAGCGCAUUAUGUAUUACAAAGACCACUCGUCCCCUACCAGAUGCAGGUUCAGAUCCACUUCCACGGCCCCCAGGAGCCCCUACUACAGAAGAAGAACCAACAGCACUGCUGAAGCUGUCCUCCAGAAGAUGGACGACAUGAAGAAGAUGAGACGGAGACUGAAGAGCAGAGAUAGAGACACUAAAGAAAAGAUUGGCGUUUACACUCGGGGCCAGAUGCGAAGGUCUCUAAGGACGAAAUUGCAGAUUAAAAUCCCUGAGGAGGAGAACCAAGGAGUGGACGAUGAGGAUCAUGAUAAAGAGGGGGAGCAAGAUAGAGAUGUUGAUGAGGAGGAGGAAGAAGAUGAUGACGACGAAGAUGGCGAGGAUGAGGAAGAAGAUAACCAUAAGCGCUACGACCUCAGACAGCGAAAGCCUGCGGUUCGCUACCAGGCACCACAGGAUGAACCCAGAGAGCCCAGGAAGCGCAGCAUGUACUACAAAGACCACUCGUCCCCUACCAGAUGCAGGUUCAGAUCCACUUCCACGGCCCCCAGGAGCCCCUACCACAGAAGAAGAACCAACCGAAGGAGAAAUGCCAUCCACUCUGGGUCUUCAUCUUCAGAUGAUGAGAAAUUCCAGAGACGAAGGAGUAAGAGCAGGAGUCGGCCAGUCAACAGAUGUUUACCAAUGAACCUUGUGAAGGAAGACCUGCUGGGAAUCCAGAAGGACAGGAUGAAGAUUGGAGCCAGCCUUGCUGAUUGGGAGCCCAUGUGCAUAGACAGGAAGGUGGGCUUUGGCAGCAUUGGGGGCUUGAGUAGACACAUCUCGUCACUGAAGGAGAUGGUGGUCUUCCCUCUCCUCUACCCAGAAGUCUUUGAGAGGUUCAAGAUACAGCCACCCAGGGGCUGUCUAUUUUAUGGUCCCCCCGGCACAGGGAAAACCCUUGUUGCCAGAGCGCUGGCCAACGAGUGCAGUCAGGGGGAAAGAAAGGUGUCGUUCUUCAUGAGAAAAGGAGCUGACUGCCUCAAUAAGUGGGUGGGAGAAUCUGAGAGACAGCUACGCCUGCUGUUUGACAAGGCAUUCCAAAUGCGUCCCUCCAUCAUCUUCUUUGAUGAGAUUGAUGGUUUGGCUCCAGUCAGGUCCAGCCGUCAGGAUCAGAUCCACAGCUCCAUCGUGUCGACCCUCCUGGCUCUUAUGGAUGGAUUAGAUGCCAGAGGCGAGAUUGUUGUUAUAGGAGCCACAAACAGACUGGACACCAUCGACCCAGCUCUGAGAAGACCAGGACGCUUUGACAGAGAGUUCCUCUUCGGCCUGCCUGACAGAGAGGCUAGAAAGGACAUUCUGAAGAUCCACACCAGACAGUGGACCCCUCCGCCCUCUGACACUUUUCUGGAGGAAUUGGGUGAUAAAUGCGUUGGUUAUUGUGGAGCAGACCUUAAGGCAGUGUGUUCAGAGGCUGCCCUGUGUGCGCUGCGGCGUUGCUACCCACAAAUCUACUCCUCGUCAGAGAAACUUGUUCUUGAUGUCAACUCCAUUGCCAUCACAAACAUAGACUUUAUAUGCGCCAUGUCUAAGAUGGUGCCAACUGCCAAGAGGGCAGUGGUAUCACCAGCCAAAUCCCUGAUUCCUGCCAUCCGUCCUCUGCUGAAAGCCCCCCUGCAGAAACUUCUCCACAUGGUCAGCAGAGUGUUCCCGCAUGCUGAGGAGGGCUUAAAGAGGAAGAGAGAGCAAGAUGGGGCCUGUGGUGUGCCUGAGGAUGACCUGAUGUUCAGUGAGGAUGAGGACAUCUGCUUACCCUUGCACACCCCUCUCACUCCACGCAAAAUGCCUGCUGUGAAGGGACUCCUCAACCUCAACAGGAGUGUGCUCAGCCAGCCGACAUCCUACCGUCCCAGGCUGCUGCUGGAGGGCAGACCAGGCUCAGGUCAGAGCACCUACCUGGGUCCUGCUGUCCUGCAUGCUCUGGAGAAAUUCACAGUGUACACCCUGGACAUCGCCGUGCUGUUUGGAGCCAGUGCAGCAGCACCAGAAGAGACCUGUGCUCAGAUUUUUCAUGAAGCCACGAGGACCUCUCCGAGUAUCCUGUACAUCCCUCAAAUCGGACAGUGGUGGGAUACAGUGGGUCCUGCCUUAAAAGCCACAUUCCUGAGCCUACUUAGCUCGAUCCCUGCUUUCUCCCCUAUACUGCUGAUGGCCACCUGCGACCUGCAAUACGACCAGCUCAGUAUGGAGGUACAGGACUUGUUUCGGGUGGAGUACGGAGAGGUUUUCAGGGUCCAGGUCCCCACCAGCAUAGAAAGAAGAAACUUCUUUGAGGACCUGAUUCUUAACCAGGCGGCCAAGGCCCCUGCCUCAAAAAAGAAGGCUGUGCUCCGUGCUUUGGAGGUGCUCCCUGUCGCCCCUCCUCCUCCUCCAUGUCAGCUAACAGAAGAGGAGACCCAAAAAUUGGAGAAACAAGAGGAAGACACCCUUAGGGAGCUCCGCCUCUUCCUUCGUGAUGUCACCAACCGACUGUUCCAGGAUAAACGUUUUAAGACUUUUACAAAGCCUGUGGAUUUAGAGGAGGUUCGAGGUUACGCUGAGGUGAUCAAGAAGCCUAUGGACCUCUCAACAGUUCUCUCUAAGAUUGAUCUCCAUCGGUAUGGGGCAGUGAAGGAGUUUGUGCAAGAUGUAGAUCUCAUCUGGCAGAAUGCACUCGAAUACAACCCUGAAAGGGACCCCUCAGGCCGUCAGAUCCGCCACAGAGCGUGUGCCCUGAGGGUUACUAUCCAUGCCAUCAUUAGCGAUGAACUGAAUGAAGAUUUUGAGAAGAUUUGUGAAGAAAUCAAAGCAUCACGCAGCACAAGAGGUAGCCCGACUACCACCCGGCUUGCCCCCUCCUUUUACCAAGUCCUUCCUAAACAGCCAAAUUCUCUUGCUAAGGCAGAGAUCACAGACACAACCCCACAAAGAGAUCCGGCUGGAGCCACAGCUGCUGUUACCCGCUAUACAACUCCCCCUGCUUUCACAACUCCUAAAAACACAGUCCAGAGGAAGAGAAGAAGAAAGAGUCGCUGGGCCGCUGGCGUAUGUGUAAAGAAGAGGUCUGCUUUCUCUCCUCACCUGUCCAGAGAUGAAAUAAAGUUAGGGUCUAAUGAGGUGGAUGGAGACGAUGAGGAAGAGGCAGAGAAGGACACUGGGGCAGAGGUGACUGAAGGAGAGGUGGAUAUACGAUCAGGGCCUGCAGAAGGUCAGGAAGGUAGCCCAGAGCAAGAGGGGAGGAAAGGAACCCUUUCAGCAAACACUAGGAACAUUCUCAUUGAGACAGAGAGAGGAGAUCAUCACGAACAGUCCAUUACAGCAGAGAGAGGUGAAACUCAAGAACAAAGGCUAGCGACUGCACAGAACCGUCACGCUGAGCCAAUGGAGGUGGAAGCAACAGAAACCUCAACCACAGAGGCGGACUCAAACACAGCGCGGAGCAUGAGGCGAAGGACUCGGUCUGUAAAAAUCUCUGGGCUGCAGCAGCAGAGGAUCGACGUGGACAAAGCUAUGCAGAUCCCAGUCAAGGACGUUCCAGUACUUGUGGUGGACAUAUUAAAGGAGAUGUUGGAGAAAGUAGUGACGAAGACUGACAGCUUUGAGGUUUACAAGCUGGAGAAACUCUAUGCUCUGCUCUGCCAGAGCAUUUACAGACACAGACGAGACUUCGACAAAACAGCACUAAUACAGGAGAUGGACCAGGAGAUUGAAGAUUUCUUUUAACUUUCCAACAGGAACCCCAUGACCAUAUUUAACUGUUAUGCUCAUCAUCCUUAUCAAAGGUGUAAAUAUACAAACAUGGGCUCUAUUUUCAUAGAAAUCGACUGGCACGUAUUUUUGUGUUUUAGCCAAAACUUUGUAACCUCGUUUAUAUUUAAUUAAGCUGCUUUCCUCUUAAUGUUGUUUGGUGUAUUCUGUGAGCUCAGGAUUAUGAGUAUCUUGUGAAUAAUAAUGUCGUAUUUGACAUUUUGAACUUUGCAAUAAACCCUGAAUUACUCGUC